UCCAUCCCCGCCCAUUUCGAAGCGGGUUCGCCCAAACGUUCGAAUAGCUUUAAAAUGCGCUGCUGGCGAAUCCUGAACAAGAACCCGGGCUUAAAACUACAGGGCAGAACUCGGAGCUGUCUAGGAUUGGCGUUCAACUGGAUUCAAUGGGACUGAAGCGUUUGUAAAAAAAGAAAGAAAAAAACCUACAACAAAAAAGAACAAAAGAGAGAAAGACAGUUUUUUUUUGGGGGGGGGAGAGAAGAAAGGGAUUUUGUUUGAGGUCCGAAACAGAUUUUGUUGUUGUUUUUAAAAGAAUAGAUACUACUUUGCUUCAUUUAUAUAUUGUUUUUAUUAUUAUAUAAAAAAUAGGGUUAGGGUUCGAACUUCAAAACUGAAAAUUCAAACGAUGGCCGGGACUCGCACGUCGGAGCCGCUUCACUCCGAGCUCGGGCGCUGGCCGACGGAGAGGUUCCGCGCGGAUGUUGAGACGACUCCAGCCGCCGCCAGGGGCUCGCAAGGCGGGCUGAAGACGCAGGAGAGCCGCUCCGGGGGCUGGAUGGGGACUGUAUUCCCCUGUGUGUGCACGAAUAGCGCAGACUCGCAUGAUGUGACCGACUACAAUGUCCCCCCAGCAACCAGGACAGACGACGCGCCUGAGGUUCCGCCAUCAGAUCAGAUACUGUCUGUAAAGGCCGUUGAUUUGUUGAAAUCGCGCAGCGGAAUUAAUCGGCAGUCGCAUCACACCGACGAAUUUGAAUACGAUGACCUCAUCCUGCGGCGUGGCCAAUCGUUCCUCCUGGAAAUCGAAUUCUCGCGACCUUUCAACCCCGACACAGACACGGUGCAGUUGGAGCUGCAGAUUGGUCCUCUGCCACAGGUGUCUAAAGGCACCCACGUCAUCAUACCAUUGGCCAGGGAGCUGGAAGACAACCAAUGGGAAGCCAAGAUUGUGCACAGGGCUGGGAGUAGGGUGAAACUGUCUGUCAGGUCUCCGGCGACAGCUGUGAUUGGCCGCUACAAGUUUGCAGUGACCACUCACAGCUCGAGGGGAGACUUCAAGAUGGAACACGACCCCAAGAACGACAUCACCUUCCUGUUCAACCCCUGGUGUGAAAGUGACACGGUGUUCAUGGAGGAUGAAGAGCUCCUGAAGGAAUACAUCCUGAACGAAACGGGGAAAAUUUACUACGGCACCGAAAAGCAGAUCGCAGCUCGAACCUGGAACUUUGGACAGUUUGAUGCUGGUAUUCUAGACGCCUGCCUGUUUGUUCUGGAUCGCAGUCAGAUGCCUCACUCCGGAAGGGGGAAUCCAGUCAAUCUGGUCCGGGUCAUCUCUGCCUUGGUGAACUCGGUGGAUGACAGGGGGGUUGUGGUUGGGUGCUGGUCAGGUGAUUACUCCCAGGGGACGGCUCCCACAGCCUGGUCUGGCAGUGUGGAUAUUCUGACCCGGUACCAUCGCAGUGGGGGCACGCCAGUACCUUUCGGACAGUGCUGGGUGUUCUCAGGGGUCACCACUACAGUGCUGCGUUGUUUAGGAAUCCCCGCACGCUGCGUCACCAACUUCUCCUCGGCGCACGACUCUGACGUCUCUCUCACCAUGGACCUGUACUUUGACGAGCACAUGCGCCCCCUGACUCACCUGAACCAGGACUCUGUGUGGAACUACCACGUGUGGAAUGAUUGCUGGAUGGCUCGUCCGGACCUGCCCCCGGGGAUGGGGGGGUGGCAGGCAGUGGACGCCACGCCCCAGGAGACCAGCCAGGGGGUCACUUGCUGUGGCCCCGCCUCCGUCCAGGCGAUCCGCGACGGACUGGUGUACCACAACCACGACACACGCUUCAUAUUCGCAGAGGUGAACAGUGAUAAGAUCUACUGGCAGCGGCGGGCGGACGGCUCCUUCACUCAGGUGUUCAGUGAGAGGAAGGCAAUCGGGAGCCACAUCCUCACCAAGGCAGUGGGGUCUGAGGAGAGGGAAGACAUCACAGACAUGUACAAAUACCCUGAGGGCAGCAAGGAGGAGCGCAUCGCCGUGGAGACGGCCUGUCGCUACGGCAGCAAGCCCAACGUUUACUUGAACCGGCAGGCGGGGGACGUCAGCGUUGAGGUCAGCACGGACGGGGCGGGGCUUCACGUGGGAAGCUCCGCCUCCAUCCUCAUCGUCGUGGCGAACAGGAGCCAAUCGGCACGCAGCGCCGUGCUGCACGGCCAGAUCGCAGUCAUGUACUACACCGGGGUCGUCAAGGCAACCAUCAAGAAGGACUCCAUCAACGUCCAACUGAUGCCUGGCGAGGUCAGGACAGUGCAGUGGGUUCUCACGUACUCGGACUAUCAGGACCAGCUGGUGGACCAGGCUGCUCUGGUGAUGACGGUGGCGGGUCGGGUCAGUCAGACUGGGCAGGUUCUGGCCACUCAGCACGUCUUCAGACUGCAGACUCCAGACCUGCAGAUCCAGCCUGAAGGGAGCGCUGUGGUGGGUAAGCAGUUGCGAGUCAAAAUCAUCUUCACCAACCCGCUGUCCAAAACACUGAAUUGCGCGGUGAUCAGCUUGGAGGGGGCAGGCCUGCAGACCCCCAAGAGAAUCAACAUUGGCGACGUGGCGCGUCACUCCACACUCACCCUGACGGAAACGAUUGUUCCUUUCAAAUCUGGCCGCCGAAAGCUUAUCGCCAACCUACACUGCAGGCAGCUGACCCAGGUUCACGGGGUCGCGGAGGUCACAGUUCGAGACCAAUUGUAGCACCAAAAAAAGUUUAUAGAUGUGUGUGUGUGAAUCUGUGUUCCAGUGCCGGCCAUUUUGGCUCCAGUUUCUCUAUAGUUUACACACAAUGCUGACUCUGCAGCAGAUCCAAAAUGGCGGCAGUUUCACUUUACGAAACUGCUCACCGCCAUUUCGACCCUUUGAUGAACGUCAAUUGGAAAAGGUGCAUCAGUCUCUGAGUUCCGCCUGACAACAAGCCAGCCAAUCGCAAUCUCCGAAACAGCCCUGGAUGUUUAAAUCUACCCGGCAACAAAGGAUUUAAAGGAGCAGCAACUACAGGAACAUAAUUUAGAUAUUUUAUUUAGCAUUAUGAUGUAAUCAAAAGAAAACUGUAAAAUGAAGUCUACCGGAAGCCAUAAUAGCAGUACAGUAAGUAUUUCCUGUUAGAUUUUUAAAACUUACAUUUUUUCAUGUCAGUAUCUGAGGAAAACUCCAAAGCGGAGGUGUGUAAUUCAAUGUUAACAAGGGAACAUUAUUCAGCAGCUUUCAUUGGACUCUAUGAAGCUGAGGGAGUUCAUUCUAUAUAGAGGGGGUGGAAUUCAAUAUGUUAACAAGGGAACAUUAUUCAGCAGCUUUCAUUGGACUCUAUGAAGCUGAGGGAGUUCAUUCUAUAUAGAGGGGGUGGAAUUCAAUAUGUUAACAAGGGAACAUUAUUCAGCAGCUUUCAUUGGACUCUAUGAAGCUGAGGGAGUUCAUUCUAUAUAGAGGGGGUGGAAUUCAAUAUGUUAACAAGGGAACAUUAUUCAACAGCUUUCAUUGGACUCUAUGAAGCUGAGGGAGUUCAUUCUAUAUAUAGAAGGGGAUUUUUCAAUUCUACUGUGGUAAUUAAAUAUUGUAAUAUAUUUUUCAUAAGUUCCUGACAAAUUACACAAAAAACGAACGUGUAAUAAGACAGUAUUUCAAUGUAUUAUUACUGAUGUGGCUGAUAGGAGGCUGUGUGAUCCAGUGGUUAAAGAAAAGGGCUUGUAACCAGGAGGUCCCCGGUUGAAAUCCCAGCUCAGCCCGACUCACUGUGUGACCCUGAGCAAGUCACUUAACCUCCUUGUGCUCCGUCUUUCGGGUGAGACGUAGUUGUAAGUGACUCUGCAGCUGAUGCACAGUUCACACACCCUAGUCUCUGUAAGUCGCCUU